AUAAGAAUGAAAUCAGAAGUGGGAGACCCUCAAAUGGGAAUAAAAAGAAGACCAAAUGACGAACUGGAUGACCUGACACAAGUGACAUCUGCUUUGCUGAACUGCCUAAGUGAUAAUACACUGAAGAAAAUUCUGAAGGAUAUCUUGGUAUCUCUCCAAAGUGUUGUGUUAAAUGGUUCUGGUCUCACAGAGAAAAGCUGUGCAGUUCUGGCCUCAGCUCUUAGCUCAGAGAACUCAGCACUCACAGAACUGGACCUGAGUAACAAUUACCUGAAGGAUUCAGGAGUGAAGAAGCUCUGUGAGGGACUGAAGAGUGAAAACUGUAAACUGCUGAAACUGAAGCUGUUUGGUUGUAGUCUAAAAGAGGAAGACUGUGUAGAGCUGGCCUCAGUUCUCAGCUCAGAGAACUCAACACUGAGAGAACUGGACCUGAGUCAGAAUGAACUGAAGAAUCCAGGAAUGAAGAAGCUCUGUGAGGGACUGAAGAGUCCAAACUGUAAACUGGAGAUACUGAGACUGGAAGAAGUGUAUUUUAGAGUUGAAGGCUGUAUUUAUAUAGUUGAAGCUCUGAAAUCAAACCCCUCAUCACAGCUGAAAGAGCUGAACCUGAACCACAAUGAACAAAGAGAUAUAGCAGUGAAGGAGCUCUCUGAACUGCUGAAGGAUCCACGUUGUAAACUGGAGAAUCUACAGCUGAGAUACUGCGAUAUUACAGAUAAAGGCUGUGCUGCUCUGGCUUCAGCUCUGAAAUCAAACCCCUCAUCACAGCUGAGAGAGCUGAACCUGAAAAACAAUCAACCAGGAGAGUCAGAUAAGAAGGAGCUCUAUGAUCUACUGAAGGAUCCACGCUGUAAACUGAAGAAACUAGAGAGGGGGCGUCUCGGACAGACUCGUCGAGGCUGGAGCUCACGGGCGGUGGUUCCUCUCCUCGCUGGUCUGAUGCUGCGUCUCCGUGCGGGCACGCGCCUCCCCCUCGUGAUUGGGCGGAAGGAGGCGUCUCGUUUGGCCGUCGACGGUGGAGCGUUGGGCGGGCCUUUCGAUGGUCGUCUGUUCACAGAUCAGUGCGUGGCUCUGGUGCGAUGCUGGUCCUCCGUGGCGUCCGGUCCGAACCGCUCCCACUCCGCUGGCGAGGUUUAA